ACCCAAAAAACAGAAUAAACAAAAAUAUGCGCUUUCUUAUCAACUCAAUAGGCUUUAAUACAUGGGAGGAACGAUUCCAUUCCCAUCCCACCAUGUUUGAAAUUUCCCAAGAUUCGAUGGAGCUGCUUUCAAAGAUUAUUAAACCAGAACGAGGGGUUUGGCUGAUCGGUAACAAGAAAUGGCGGCGGAAUUGCUGGGUGGAGCUGCUUUGGGCGCUGUGGUUGGGGAGCUGUUCAAAGCGGUCUUGGAUUUGGGCGAAAGGGCCAUCAAUUUCAAUCCUGUUCUUAAGGAUAUCAGUUCAAAGCUAAAUGCUAUAACCCCUUUGGUGAAGCAAAUUGAUGAGCUUAAUGAGUACCUCGAUAUCUCAAGAGAAGAGACGGAGAGGUUGAGGGGUCUAAUGGAUGAAGGGAAGCGGCUGCUUCUCCAAUGCGGCGAUGUGAAAUUGGGGAAUCUUAAUUAUCUGAAGAAACCCUUUUACACACAAAAGCUUCGGGAUUUGGAUUCUGCACUCCGAAGCUUCAUGGACGUUUUGUUGUUGCAGAUGGCUAGAGACCAGAAGAAGAAUCUGAAGAUGAUGAACCAAAUGAUGGAGAUUAUUUGCAGACUCGAUAACAGAGGUGGGUCGAGCAAGGCUAUGGAUUUGAUUGUGCCGCCAUGUCUGGUUCCUCCGCUGCGAGAACAAACUGUUGGGUUGGAGAAGCCAGUUAAGGAGCUGAAGUUGAAGCUUCUCAAAAAUGGGGCUCAAAUGGUGGUGGUGACAGCUCCUGGAGGCUGUGGAAAAACCACACUGGCUUUGAAGUUUUGCCACGACAAAGAAAUCAAAGAUAUAUUCCAGGGGAAGAUCUUGUUUGUUGUAGUUUCAAGAAACCCAGAUUGGAAGCUCAUAUUUAAGAACAUAAUUGAAAGCCUCAGAGGCAUUCAAUUGCCUGAUUCACAAAAUGAUGAGCGUGCAUUCUGCUAUUUAGAAUUGUGGCUGAAGCAAGCAGCUCAAAAUCAUCCUGUUUUGAUUGUGUUAGACGAUGUGUGGAACGGGCCAGAAGCUGAAGGCCUUCUUCACAAGCUUCUUCAAUUGCCUCACUGCAAGAUCUUGGUCACUUCUAGGUUUUCUUUCCCAAGAUUUAGUGAGUCUUAUUAUUUGGAACCUUUGAGCCACGAGAAUGCAAUCAAACUUCUUCUCCUCGCAGCAUCAUUGGAGAAAGAAAGUUCUAAGCUCCCUGAUGAAGAAACCAUCAAAAAGAUAAUUGGGGGAUGCAAGAGGCUCCCUCUUGCUCUGAAGGUAAUCGGAACGUCGCUUUCCCGCAGACCGACGUCGGUUUGGAAGGUGACAGGGAGGAACAUGUCUAGAAGUGGCUCAAUAUUUGAUUCUGAGAAAGAGCUUCUUGAAUGCCUACAGAGCAGCCUGGAUGAGUUGGAUGAUAAGAUGGUAAUCAAGGAGAGUUUCAUGGAUUUAGGUUCUUUUCGCGAAAACCAGAGAAUCUCUGCUUCAACCUUCAUUGACAUUUGCAGAGUUUUGUAUGAACGAGAUGAAACUGAAGCAAUGGCCACCCUCGACGAACUAUUCUCUCGGAGUUUAGUUAAUUCUGUCACGACGAGAGAAUAUGGAUAUGAUGAUGAGUUCUACGAACAGUACUGGUUCACACAGCAUGAUAUUCUUAGAGAUUUGGCUAUCCACUUGAUGAACUUGGAGCCCAUAGAACAAAGAAAAAGAUUGUUCUUGGAUAUCAAUGGAAAUGAUGUUCCUGAAUGGUGGGUACAUCAAGAGAAGCAUCCCUCCAAUGCUCGCCUCAUAUCCAUAACCACAGAUGAGAGAUUCUCAUCAAGUUGGCCUGACAUGGAAGCAUCUAAAGUGGAGGUUCUGAUUCUAAAUAUUCAUUCAAGAACUUACAACUUGCCUGGAUUCAUGAACAGAAUGACUAAAUUGAAAGUUCUGAUAAUCUCAAAUUUUGAUUCUUUUCCAACUGAGAUGACAAGUGAAGAUAAUGAACCACUCAACUGUUUACCAAGUCUCGAACGAACUCGGUUCGAACGGAUUUCGGUUCCUCUCUUCAGUAAUCCAAACCAGAAACCACUGAUAAAUCUGCAGAAAAUAUCGUUCUUUAUGUGUAAAUUUGGUGAAACCAAAAUCUGGGAUUUGAUGCCAAACUUGGUGGAGAUAUCCGUUGACUUCUGCAAAGAUUUGAGUGGAAUCCCCAACGGGGUGUGUGAAAUUGUGAGGUUACAGAAGCUGAGUAUUACAAAUUGUCAUGGACUAUGUUCCUUGCCAGAAGACAUAGGAAAGCUGAUUAAUCUAAGAACACUGAGGCUUAGAUCCUGCAUUCAUUUGGAAGAGUUGCCUGAAUCGACGACAAAGCUUCGGGGAUUAGUCGUGCUUGAUAUAUCGAACUGUGUCGGUGUAGCCAAGCUUCCUGAGAAGAUUGGUGAGUUGCAUGAAUUAGAAAAGGUUGACAUGAGGAACUGCUCAAGCUUGCGCAAGCUUCCAUUGUCAAUCAAACAUCUGAAAAAGUUGAAGCUGUUAUGUGAUGGAGAGAUUGCAGAGCGGUUGAAAACGGUUGCUCCCCACCUUGCCAAACAGGUCAAAGUGCACCAGGAACAAGCCAACCUCGAGUGGCUGGGUUUAUGAACCAUUCUUUCAUUUCUUUAUUUAUUUAUUUUUGUAAGAAUAUUCGCUAAAAAGUUUAUAUUAAUGAGAAUA